GAGGAACUAACUGUACAUGAGGAACUCUCAAGUUCCUCGUUUUCUCUGUUUUUCUCUGGCUGGUCAGGCGGUAUAACGCCACACAGAUUCAAGCCCUCGACCUAGAAAAGGAGCUUCAAACAAGACCUCUGUCUGGAAAGGAAAGUCAUUGUGGUGGCAGGUUAUAUUCCGGAGUGAAAAGCUGACUACAGCUGCCAUCUGCCCCAAAGGAGCAAGCAACAAACUUUUCACGGCUACCACCCAAGCUUACACGAGGUCAGGUCUCUCAAUAUAUAUCUUUUCAGUGGACUGUUCCUUAAAUUAAGUAACUUUAGGCAGGUUCUAAAAAUGUGUUGUUAGUGAGUGAGGAUAACGAUUUCUGCUUCAUCCAUUUUUACACUUUAAAUUUAGUUUUUUCAUCAUGAGGAGUUUGACUCACCUUGUGAACUGGAGUCUUCUGUUGCUCUGUCAAUGUCAAUUUCGGUUAGCAUCAGGGGAAAUGUACAGUCCUACUUUUUAGAGGUUCACGGAUAGUAAGGGAUAAAAUUUAUUUCCCCAAUUUUGACCAUUCUUGUGUAAAUCUGUCCCCCAGCUCUUUACAAUACUAAAUUGCUGGACUGCCCCAUUAGCAAAUACACACAUCACCAAUAAAUGUUAAUAAGGAUGUUUAUAUGUGGCCCUGGUUGAAAGUCAUUCAGACAUUAAAAUAUAAAUAGUUUGCAUACCAUGUUCAUAAUAUGGUUAAAAAUAUGUUUAAAAAAGUUCAUAUGGAUGGAUAAAAUGUAAAGAAACAUAAAAGAGUUCAUGUAAAUGAGCAUAGUUUAUUUCACAUGUAUUAUCAGAAAAGAUAAUCUAACUUGAGUAGCAGCCUUAUGUGUCACUCUUGCUUUUCUUUACUGUGAUUGAAUGUCAGGAAGCAAAACAGCCAACCUAUUUUCACUCUCAGGUAGAGGGGUGGGGCUUAGUGGUAUGCCUCUAGCACCUGGGCUGUAAAUAGACGCAGAAACUAAGUAUCACCGCCGAGAGAAUAACAACACAAGAGCAAUAUCGUCUGUAACUUAAUGACUGACGACCAGUCGUUAUCAGGUUUUGGACUGUUGUGACCUGCGAGGAGGUAAAUAAGAUUGUGUGUGUUGUUUUGAUGUCUUGUGACUGAGUGAGUGUUGUAGUGAAAAAACGACACCUGUUGCUAAGUAAUACUAGUUAUAAGCUUUGCUUUCGCUUUGCAUGUUUAGCAUAUUGGUUAAGACAAGCUGUUGCUAUAUCACCAUGAAACAGUGUGCAGGCCUGUUGCUUAGCUGACCACCCCGCAGCCUCGCCUCACUUACCCCCCUGACUCACAGCAUCCCUGGAUUUGUGAGUAACUACUGAUUGAAAGCUUGCACAUGCAUUUACAUUUAGUUUAUCAGUGACCCGAGGAACCACUGUUUGUUUUAUUUGAACGAAAUAUUAACUAAACUUGUUCAUAUUGCAUUGCAUGUACUCUUGUUGUGUUGUUGUAUUUCAUUAUAGGUAAUUCUUGGUAAAUUCAAAUUUGAUUUAAAAGGUUGAAAUCUAAAAAUAGAUACCUAUUUAAAGAGGAAGGUAUAAAAACAUUUCACAUUACAUACUUAAUUUUAUUGGAGGCACCACUAAUUCAUUCUUUCAUUUAGAAAACAAGGGAUUCAUAAAUAUAGGUAACAGUGGUAUUAAAUUGAAACCGUACCCAGGCCUCGCUCAUAGUAUAACUACACAGAUCAGAGUCACAUAAUUUCAUACCAAUACACGGAAUGGGUGUUACAUAUAUUGUGAAAUAUUUGCUACAUUAAUAAGUGUUGGUUAACAUGCCCAUAUUGCAUAACCCUGCUUCCAAUAAAGCUGGGACAGUGCAUAAACGUAGGUACAAACAGAAUGUGGUGAUUUGCGAAACACUGAAACUCCUUAUUUAAUUGAAAGCAUAAACAUAGCAUAGACAACACAUCAAAUGUUGAAACUGAAAUAAAUUUAUAUAUAGUUAUGUUUCUAUAUUCUAUGCACUUCGGUGUAACUGAUGUUUUGAAUGUUAUUGCACCCUUAUUGCAAAUUGUUAUCAAGGGUUAUUGCCAUUUCAGCAAGAAGAAACCAUGGCAACACCUGUAGAGCUGCUGGCAGCGUUGGAGGAUUUGGCAGACGGAGAGUUUAAAAAGUUCAAAUGGUACCUGCAGCAGGCUGAGGUCUUGGAAGGCUUCCCAGCAAUCCCGAAGAGCCAAUUAGAGAAUGCAGACAGGUUGGACACCGUGGAUGAGAUCACGGAUACCUACAACAAAAAUGCAGUGGAGGUGACCAUUAAAGUUUUGAAGAUGAUAAAAAAAAAUGACCUGGUGGAGCGGUUAUCAAACAUCAACUCAACAACCAAAGAGACUCUCACUGUUUGUCAGCGUAAACUGAAAUCCAACCUGAGGAAGAAGUUUCAGCAUUUAUUGGCGCAAGAUCCAGAAUCUGGAAGGCAGAUGUUGAUGAAUGAGAUCCACACUGAGCUCCUUAUCACAGAGGAAAAUUUGGAACACGCUAUCAAUAUAGGAGACUUAUUUGAACCCAAAUCUGGUGGAUCAGUUAGGACAUUAAUGACGAGAGGAGUGACUGGUAUUGGGAAAACAGUCAUGACACAGAAGUUUGCUCUGGACUGGGCGGAAGACAAAGUCAACACCGAUAUACAGUUCAUAUUUCCAUUCACUUUCCGAGAGUUGAAUUUGCUCAAGGAGAAAAAAUACAGCUGGUUGGAACUUAUUCAUCACUUCUUUGCUGAUACCAAAGAAGCAGGAAUAUGUGGGUUUGAUAAGCUACAGAUUGUGUUUAUCCUUGAUGGUCUGGAUGAGUGUCAACUUUCUUUGGACUUUCACAACAAUGAGAUCCUGACUGAGGUUACUGACUCGGCUUCAGUGGACGUUCUGCUGACAAACCUCAUCAUGGGCAAGGUGUUCCCUUCUGCCUGCCUCUGGAUUACCACAACACCCGAGUCAGCCGGCCACGUCCCUCCACGGCACAUUGACAAGAUGACGGAGGUGAGAGGGUUCACUGAUCCAAAGAUGGAGGAAUAUUUCCGGAGGAGAUUCAGGAAUAAGGAGCUGGCCAACAAGAUCAUCACCCACAUCAAGGCAUCACGAAACCUCCACAUCAUGUGCCACAUCCCAGUCGUGUGUUGGAUCGCCGCAACAGUUGUGGAGGAUGUAUUGAACACCAAUGACAGAGGAGAGCUGCCCAAGAACCUGACUCAGAUGUAUAUCCUUUUUCUAUUACAUCAGUCCAAACUGGCAAGUGUCAAAUAUUAUGGAAGAGCUGAGACAGAUCCACUCUGGGACACCGAGACCAGCAAGAUGAUUCUGUCUCUGGGAAAACUGGCUUUUGAGCAACUGCAGAAAGGCAACCUGAUCUUCUGUGAAGCAGACCUUACAGAGUGUGGCAUUGAUAUUAGAGCUGCUUCUGUGUACUCAGGCAUGUUCACACAGAUCUCUAAAGAGGACCGUGGGCUGAACCAUGAGAGACUUUUCUGCUUUGUCCAUUUGAGCUUUCAGGAGUUUCUGGCUGCUGUUUAUGUCAUCGUAUCAUUCAUCAACUCUGGUGUCAACCUCUUGUCUGAAGAACAAUCAACCUCCCAACAGUCUGUGCUCAUCACAGAGCAAUCUGCAGUUGAACCUCUCUUCCUGAGUGCAGUUAACAAAGCUUUGCAGAAUCCAAAUGGACGCCUGGGCUUGUUCCUCCGCUUCCUUGUUGGCCUUUCACUGCAGAACAAUCAAGCACUUCUUCAAGACCUGUUGAAACUAUCAGGAAUCAGCUUAAUGAGCCACCAGGACACAGUCCAGUACAUCAAGAAUAAGAUCAGGGAGAAUCAUUCUCCAGAGCAAUGCAUUGGCCUGUUUCACUGUCUGAAUGAGUUGAGUGAUCAUUCCCUAGUAGAGGAGAUCCAACAAUACCUCAGUUCAGGUAGCCCGUCCACAAAAAAACUGUCUCCUGCUCAGUGGUCAGCUCUGGUCUUCAUCAUACUGUCAUCAGAGAGUGAGUUGGCUGUGUUUGACCUGAAGAAAUACUCUGCUUCUGAGGAAUGUCUCCUGAGAUUGCUGCCAGUGGUUCAGGCUUCGAGUCUAGCUCUGCUGAGUAGCUGCAAGCUCUCUCAGAAAAUCUGUAAAGCUCUGGCCUCAGUUCUCAGCUCCAAGUCUUCUAAUCUGAGAGAACUGGACCUGAGUUACAACAAUGCGAUGAGACAGGGUGUCGAGGAGCUCACAAGUGGCUUGAAGAAUCCGCAGUGCAGACUAGAGACUCUCAGGCUGAGUGGCUGCAAUCUGACCUCGAAAUUGGGAGCUCUGUCUUCAGCUCUCAGUUGCCCGUCCUCCAGUCUCAGAGAGCUGGACCUUUCUAACAACGACCUGCAGGACUCAGGAGUGAAGCUGCUCUCUGCGGGAUUGGAGAGCUCACACUGUAGACUCGAAACCCUCAGGUUGAUAGGCUGUGCACUGACAUGGAAAUGCUGCGAUGCCGUGGCCUUUUUCCUGAACUCCCAGUCCUCCUGUCUGACAUAUCUGGACCUGAGUAUGAACAGCCUACAGGAUUCAGGAGUGCAGGUGUUCAGUGCUGGACUUGAGAGUCCACACUGUAAACUGGAAACUCUCAGGCUGUCAGGCUGUCUGGUCACAGAGGAAGGCUGUUCUUCUCUGGCCUCAGCUCUGAGCUUCAACCCCUCCCACCUGAGAGAGCUGGAUAUAAGCUACAAUCAUCCAGGAGACUCAGGAGUGACCCUGCUCUCUGCUGGUCUGGAGGAUCCACAGUGGAGCCUGGAGAAUCUAAAACUGGACCACGGUGGAGUACACAGGUUAAAAUCUGGUCUGCAGAAGUACGCCUGUGAACUCACACUGGACCCAAACACAGCACACAGGACGCUCAUACUGUCUGAGAACAACAGACGGGUGAGGUAUGUGGAGGAGGAGCAGCCUUAUCGGUAUCAUCCAGAGAGAUUUGAUCUCUUCAAACAGCUGCUGUGUAGAGAUGGUUUGACUGGUCGCUGUUACUGGGAGAUGGAGACUAAGGGAAAGUUUUAUUUAGCGGUCACUUACAAAGGAAUCACCAGGAGGGGAAGCGGUAACAACUGCAAAUUUGGGGGUAAUGACAAGUCCUGGAGUCUGUACAAUUACAAUAUGGGAUACUCCAUUUGGCACAAUGACACAGAAACACAGAUAUGUAUCCCUGACAAGGUCACUAACAAAGUGGCUGUGUAUCUGGACUGGCCUGCAGGCACUCUGUCCUUCUACACAGUCUCCUCUGACACACUGACACGUGUCUACACCGUCUUCUCUAGAUUCACCGAACCCCUCUACCCGGGCUUUGGCUUUGAGUUUAGGUUCGAAGUAAUGACAGUGUCACAGGUUGGUUCCUCAGUGUCUCUGUGUCAGAUAGACAAGGGAACAACAUCUGUGUAGCGCACAAUUCUGACUCUGGUGCUAACAAUGAAAAUUUGUACAGAGUGGUCAUUAGUAAAUGGAAAUACAAUAAAUGGCUAUUGCAAAAAAAAAAAAAAAAAAUAUGUUGACCAAAUAUUUUCCUGUUGUUUGAUCAUGAAUGUCCUAAUUAAGUAAAA